AUGGAGGCCUCUCGAACUGUUGGUAGUGAAUUGAAAACAAGAAAGUCUCCAAGCCCGGAAGAUUUUGGCAGUUUAUCUUCCAGUCGAAAAGGCGGUCGUUAUCGUGCACGUAGUCCAUCUCCUUUCAGGCGAAGAAGUUUUGAGCGUUCAUCACAUCGGAAUCAUUCGCGUAGUAGAAGUAGAGAUCGAGAAAUGAGAAAAAGUCGAGAAAAAGGAAAGGAAAGAGUGCCAUCUGAUCGUACAAGAUCAAGGAGUACUGAUCGCUUGAAGAAUGCUCAAAGUAAAGAUUGUGACAGUUUAAUAAUGGCCUUCAAGCAAAAACUUGAAGAUACAAUUUCAAAUGAAGAUGUAUUUGAAUCGAAAACUUGCUCUUUUGAAUUUUUACAUAUUGAAAUCGUUAUGCAGUUUUUGAUAAGAAGAUGCGAGAAAAAGAAGCUAAUGUCAAAAGGCGGAGAAUGCGGGAUUCAACCAGCACAAGAUCCUCAUCUUCUGAGGGCAAAAAGGCAUGGUACAGGAUCUGUUUUAUCACCGAGUCGUGGUAACGGUGAUACAUCACCAUUGGAAAUACGAUCGAGUAUGAGCGAAUCAGAAAAGGAGAGAAUAGAAGUCGAAAAUCGACGGCGCCGCAUAAGGCGUACAGCUAAAUUACAUCGACAGCGUCAUGGAAGUAAUGCGAAUGAUUCUUCAGAAGAUGAAUCUGAAAGGAAGGCAAUUCUCGCCCAUCGAUUGAAAGUGCAGAUGCAACGAGCUUUGAAAAAAACCGCCGAAGAACUUAAAGAAGAAGAACGACAGAAACGUGAAGAACAGUUCCGAGAAAGACGCAGGAGAGACGAACGUCUACACGAAGAAUCACUUGAAAGAAAAAGACGGUAUCUGAAAGAACGAGAAAGACGACAUCGAAGGCAUAGUGGAAGCCGCAGGCAUAGUAGCUCCAGUUCAUGUUGA